AAGAGGUCAGGAUUUUUAAAUAAAUUUCGCUCCGCUUCUCCGGCCGUCCGUACUCCUCAUCAGUUGUGAUCCGAGGCACGAACUGUUCGCAACGAAGAUGAAGACGAUCCUCGUUUUAGCCGCUUUCGCUUUGGUGGUUCUUGCAGGUGAAGCAAAGAAAUUGCGUAAACUAAAGAAUCCUAAUUGGAGUCCAGUUUACACUGUAAAAGGCACUUUGUUUAUACCUUACGCGGAAAUCAGCGAACCCUUCUACGCUUGGUACGAUGCUCCGGCUAAGCAAUCUCGUAUCGACUAUUACGGUGGAAUGGUGAAGACCUAUCAGCUUGGUACUAGCGGAGGAUUCGGGACCAGUUUGAAAAUCGCUCCGGUUACCACCGAAACCGAAUUGAACUCCAACACUUGUCUGCAAGUGAACGGGACCGAGGAAUAUUCGAUCGAACCACAAGCGAUUCUUCCGAGCCUCACCGGAUUCGAAUGCGUCGGAGAAGAGAUCAUCGAUGGAACCGCUACCGAAAAAUGGGUGAUGACCGAGAAGAUCGGCCAAAAAUCGAACAAAUACACCAUGUGGAUGAAAUGGAAGAACGAUCAGAACAAUCAGGACAUUAAAUACGCUGUUCCAGUCAGAUACGAAAUGAAGGGAUAUAACACUUUGUUAGGUUCGCACUACGACCAUUAUUACUUGGAAUACGAUUACUAUGACAUCAAUAACAUCGAUCCAAACACGUUCGAAGUCGAUCAAGGUAUGAAAUGCAGUGCUUUUCCGGGACCCGGAGAUCGUCACAUUUACACCUUUAACCCGAUGAAGGAGUUCAUCCAUCCGGCGACAACCACGCACGUCGAUUUUGAGUACAAGAAAUUUGUGAACAAGCAUGGUAAACAAUACAGCAACAUGGAACACUUCAAACGCAAGGAAGUCUUCAGGCAGAACAUCAGAUAUAUCCACGCACACAACAGGCAACGCAAGAGUUUCACUAUGUCCGUGAAUCACUUGGCCGAUCGCACUCCGGUCGAGCUGAAGGCGUUGAGAGGUCGCAUCAAUUCCGGAGGUUACAACGGCGGAGACAAGUUCCCUUAUACCAAUAUCAAAGCCGAUCAAUUACCAACUCAAUUCGAUUGGAGAAUUUACGGAGCUGUGACCCCUGUUAAAGAUCAAUCCGUUUGCGGUUCUUGCUGGUCUUUCGGUACCAUCGGAGCUAUUGAAGGCGCGUAUUUCUUGAAGAAUGGGGGUAACUUGGUUCGUUUGUCUCAGCAAGCUUUGGUUGAUUGCUCUUGGGGAUACGGAAAUAAUGGUUGCGAUGGUGGUGAAGACUUCCGCGCUUACCAAUGGAUGCUUAAACACGGAGGUGUUCCAACCGAAGAAGAAUAUGGACCUUACUUGGGACAAGAUGGUUAUUGCCACGUCAACAAUGUCACUUUGACUGCUAAGAUCACCGGUUACGUUAACGUUACUUCCGGCGAUGAAAACGCUUUGAAGCUGGCUUUGCUCAAGCACGGACCAAUCAGCGUUGCCAUUGACGCCAGUCCACGUUCCUUCAGCUUCUAUUCGAACGGUGUUUAUUACGAACCCAAAUGCGGAAACAAAUUGGACGAAUUGGAUCACGCCGUUCUCGCUGUUGGAUACGGUAGCAUCAAUGGUAAAGACUAUUGGUUGGUUAAGAACAGUUGGUCCAAUUAUUGGGGCAACGAUGGCUACAUUUUGAUGUCGGCCGAGAACAACAAUUGCGGCGUCAUGACUACGCCUACUUACGUGACUAUGUAGGAAGAACUAAAUAAGUUUACAAUAUUAGUGAUUUUAACGAAAGCAAUAUAAUAUAAAUAACAAAUAUUUCUACAACUAAUAC